AAUGGCUGCGAUAUCAAGUUCACCGAGCUGUCCGAACAAAUCCCUCCGACAUACAACCCCGCAUCGUCUUUUUGCUCUUUCGCACCCCAUUAUGCCACCUUCAUAUUGAACAAGAGCUACAGCAAGGAUACGUUCGAUCUCCAUGAACUCAACCUGCGUAAUGGCAUCGAACACGUGUUUGAUACGCCAUUAAGACCGCAUUCCAACCAAAACAAGCGGAAAAAACAUAUUCCGUACGUUGAAGAAUUACUUUCCUUGGUCGUGGGCGAGAACGGGAGGUUCAUGACGAUCACAGACAUGUCAAGGAUCCUAAGCAAACGUUGUGCAGAUUUCGGGGAAAACAACCCAGAUUAUUCACUCAGCCGUUACCACAAAGCAUUCGGAAAUACUAAUUCAUCUCCUACGCUAAGGCUCUUCAGAGGUCGAACCGAUGACUUGCACACGUUGCUAUUGGAACGGCGCUUACCCGAUGGAUGGGAAUCGCGCAUCCGUGAACCGAACGAAUUGACCAUACUCGCCUUCAAUCGGACGGUCCCACCAGUGGAGUGGGACGUAGAUGAAUCCAAGUGGGCGGCCAAGGACAAGCUGGAAGCUCCCACCGAGACUGUCGUACCGGUUUAA